AUGGCAACUGCAUCGGCGCAAUCGCGCUCACCGUCGCCAGAGAACGAUAUUUUCGGGGUUGCGGAUUUUGUGGUUCCUCCACGAGAGAUCAAAGCGGCAGGUCAGACCGAUUUGUCCUUCAACGGUCUGCUGUCUCCCUCUUUGAAGCUGCAUGAAGACCUGAGCGAAGGCUGUGGUGGGCAGCUGUGGCCAGCUGGGAUGACUCUUGCUCAAUACAUGCUCACCUAUCACAAAUCACUGGUAGGCAAGCACAUCAUCGAGAUUGGUGCUGGUGGCGGUCUGUCCGGUCUUGCGGUUGCGGCUGGCUGCAAGCUGGAUACGAAGUUGCUCCUCACCGAUCAGCUACCAAUGCUAGCGCUGAUGCAGAAGAACAUCGGGCUCAACAGUCUCGAGCACAGGGUCACUGCACAGGUAUAUGAUUGGGGUAGCAAGCCUGCUCCCAGCUUUCCCACCACAUCCGGUCACGCAGACGUUAUACUUGCCGCUGAUUGUGUGUACUUCGAGCCUGCCUUCCCCCUUCUACUACAGACGCUCAAAGACCUGAUCGGUCCCAACACAGUCUGCUACUUCUGCUUCAAGAAGCGUAGGAAAGCUGAUACGCGCUUCAUUCGCGAUAUGUUACGCACUUUCACAGUCGAAGAGGUUCACUACGAAUGGCGCGACUCAGAUCGCCAUGACUCAGUGUUUCUGUACGAAGUGCGCAGGAAAGGAUGA